CCGGGAGCGGGGCGCAGACAGCCCGGCCUCCUGUGGGUUCGGCGACCGUCGCGCGACGGCCAUGGGGGCGCGGCUGGGCCGGCGGGCCGGGCCCGAGGCUGGCUCCGAGGCCGGGGCGGCGGCCGGCUGCGGGCCCGCGCCCUACGAGCGCCGGGUGCGGUGGCUCCGCGAGAUCCAGUCCACGCUCCGCGAGCGGCGGCCGGAGCGCGCCCGGCAGCUGCUGCGCCUCCUGCGCCAGGACCUGGGCCUUGAGAGGACCCUCCUUCCUGAUAUCCUCUACAGAGAUGUGGCCUUCCUCAACACGGUCGACCCCAUCUCCCAUGACCUGCUUGUGAACCUGGCCCGGGACCUGCAGUGCCCCAAGAAGGACUAUGAGCUCUGGAAGUCCUCGGACAAGAUCUGCCGACAGCUCAUCUACCACCUCACCCCUCACUCGAAGCAGCAGCAAGGGUCCAGCCUGCGCCAGAGGAAGACCCAGAGCUGCCUCAAGAGCAGCCUCCAGAAGACUCUGCUGGCAGGGGAGACUGUGGACCUCUCGGGCAUCCCGCUGUCGACACAGGACGUGCAACACAUCACACGCUACCUGAGCAGCCAUGGUGCUGUGCUGGCAGUGCUGGACCUGAGCUUCACGGGGCUGAGUGAUGAGCUGCUGCACCUCCUGCUGCCCAGCCUGUGGGUGCUGCCCCGCCUCACCCAGCUCCUGCUCAACGGCAACCGACUGACGCGGGCCACUGCCCGCAAGCUCACUGAUGCCAUCAAGGACACCACCAAGUUCCCUGCUUUGGCUUGGGUGGACCUGGGCAACAACGUGGAUGUGGCUUCCCUGCCCCAGCCCCUGCUGGUCGGCCUGCGCCGGCGGCUGAGCCAGCGCACCUCACUCCCCACCAUCUACGAGGGCCUGGACCUUGAGCCUGAGGGCAGUGCGGCCGAGGCCACCACCCCUGCCUCCACCUGGGACUCCACAGCUGCUGGGCUGGGACCCGAGCCCCAGGCCUGCUGUGCCAGGUGACCCACCACCCACCUGGCUCAUUGCUACUGACUUGUGAUGCUCUCAAGCACAUGAUAGUGGGCGAUGAAGGUCAAGGAGGACUCACAGGCCCCCAGAAAUCCAGUGCAAAUGCUCAGCCUGAGAUUAAGGGGACAGAAGAAUGGACUCAUAGGUGGCCAGGUGGCCAGCCCUGGCUAGAGGCUCAGCCUUCCCUCAGUGGGAGGGGCCCCAGCACCCACAGUGUGGACCCUGCAAUAAAGAGUGACACCCGC